AUGUCUGAAAAAGAAAUCCUUCGACAGCUCGAUGAUGAUCGUUUGACAGACGAUGAUUUUGAGGGUGAUGAGCUACCACCGACGUAUAGCUCCUUAUUCACUGAUGCACCACUUCCUCCACCGAUAAUGCACAAUGAGCUGCAUGAGCUGGCAGCCUUCGAAGACAAUGGACGCUUCAGUAUCGAUCUGAGUGCAGGGAGCCGGACCUCCGCUAUACUCCAGGGGUAUUCUCUCCCCACUCAGCGUCCACAGAUGAUCGAAAUUGUGACAAAGCCACCAAGAGUAUCCGAUAAUGAAGAGAGCGGAGGCAAUGGCGAGGUCCCAUACGAGACCAAUAGGAUGAGGCUAGAUAUUAUUCUCAUGCUUGUGGGAAGUAGAGAUGAUGUUAAAUCUUGUAUUUUGGUUGGUCAGGGACUUAGCAGACAUGGUCACCGAGUUCGAGUCGCGACACAUUCGAUCUUUCAUACUCUUGUGAAAAAAGCCGGACUAGAGUUUUUCUCAGUCAGUAGUGAUCCAGAGCAUCCAAUGGCUAAAAUUGAUUCAGCGUUUAUGCCUCGCUUAGCCAAUGCCAAGAAGGCUGAAGUCAUGAAGAACAACAAAAUCCUGAUUGAUACCUUGAAAGCAUGUUGGAUUGCCUGUACCCAUCCUGGUUUGUGGAAAGAUAGACCAUUUUUUGCUGAUGCUAUUAUUGCAACGCCUUUUGCCCAUGCCCACAUUCAUUGUGCUGAGCGCUUGUCGAUCCCUCUUCACAUCAUGUCGACUACACCUUGGACGCCUACUAGAGAAUUUGCCAAUCCUCUAGCACAGAUCCAGGUAGAUGACUGUAUUGACCGUGACAUGCAAAAUUACUUCUCGUUUUUGUUGAUUGAGGAAUCAUUAUGGCAUGAGGUCUCUCAUGUUGUUGAUCAUUUCCGGCAAGGGAUUCUUGGCCUCCCUGGAGUCCCCACUGGCGGAGGGGCGCUUUUAAGGCAACUGAAUAUCCCUCACACAUAUCUCUGGUCAUCUGACUUCCUUCCAAAGCCAGCAGACUGGAACGAUACUAUCGAUGUCUCCGGCUACGUCAACCUAGAGACCCAUUCUACCUUCAUGCCCUCGGACGAGCUGGUACACUUUCUCGACUCUACACCGGCACCUAUCUUUAUCUCAUUAGAUAUUACUCUGCUUGGAAACUCAGAAAGAUUUGUGCGAUAUCUCAGAGAGGCCUCCGACAGAUACGGUUUUGCAUUCCUCUUACCAAGCAGCUUCCACCCAGUCAGCGGCAUAUCGGAGUCUUCAAAGAUUUUCAUAUUAGAUAAUGUCCCAACCGAUUGGCUCAUACCCCGUGUCUCCAUUGUCUUUACGCAUGGUAAUGUUCCGACAAUAUCGACAGCAAUCCGUUAUGGCAAGCCGAUGGUCUCGUUUCCCCUUCUUCGAGACCAACCUUUCUGGUCCUCAGCUAUCCACAGGUCUUGCAUAGGUCCAGAACCUAUUCAAGAGAACGACUGCUCUACCGAAACCUUGGUCGAAGCAGUGCGCUAUUGUUUGCGACCCGAGACGAGAGAAGCUGUACAGCGCAUAAGUCUGCAGAUUCAGCAGGAGAAUGCCAUCGAAAAUGCAGUCAGCUCUUUUCACUCUCAUCUGAAAUGGGAUAACUUCAGAUGCUGUGUCACAAAAACCGACCCUGCGAUAUACCAAAUGAGAACCAGGCCAUCAAUAAAGUUGUCAGCUGUAGCAGUGGCCAUUCUGAUGAGGGUGAAAGCGAUGAGAAUAUCCGGAUUGGAGUUAAUCAAACGUCAGACAUACAAUACCGAAAGUGAACAAGAGGUACAGGAAGAAGAAUUGUCAGCUUUUGACGAAGUGAAAUCUGUCAGCAAAAGCUUGAUGAAGGCCAUCGUCAAACCGACAGUUUCGCACAUCUCAGAUGCCUAUAAGUGGCGUGAGGGUAACGAUGCCGCUAAUACCACGAAUGGAAAGGUCAAAAUCGAAAAGACAAAAGGAGAUAUAGCCAUCAAAGUGGCUAAGACCAUAGGCUUCAGUUCAGCAGUAUUCUGCGGGAAAAUUGCAGCUCUACCAUUCAAGACCGUUUAUUAUAUGGGUGAAACGGCAAGCUACGGAGUGAGGAGCCUGAAAGGAAUAGAAAGCCAUGGCUCUAGUCCUUCCAAACCAAAUGGUCAGGAGGGAGAAAGGACAUCACAAGAAUCAACUCCAGCAAGCAUUGAGGACCUUGAGACCUCCCGGCGUGCAGUCGAUGGGCGGUUGGUUGAGCUGAUAAGCAUGCUCCAAAGGAAACGGGGUGCAGGAGACAAAAGGCUGAUGGACGCGGAAUUCUCGCGCAUGGUUGUUUCAAAUUUUGAGAUUAUCUGCCAAUCUCCUGUGCAAUAA